AUGGCGGUCGAAUAUGAUUAUCUCUUCAAGGUUGUUCUAAUUGGGGACACUGUGGUUGGCAAAUCAAACCGUAAGGAGUGGUGUACUUGGCAUGCGCAGACGCUCAAUCACCCAGUUCUCUCGCGAUUCACUCGUAAUGAGUUCAACCUGACGUCCGAACCUACUAUUGGUGUCGAGUUCGAGAGCCGCUCGAUUGAUGUCGAUGCCAAGACCGUGAGGGCACAGAUAUGGGAUACUGCAGGUCAAGGACGUUACCGUGCCAUCACUUCUGCGUGCACAGUCGCCCUCCGCAGUCGUGUAAUGUACUACCGUGGCGCUGUUGGUGCUCUGUUGGUGUACGACAUCGCCAAACAUACGACAUACGUCAGCGUGACGCGGUGGUUGAAAGAGCUCCAGGAUCACGCAGACUCGAACAUUUUCAUUAUGCUUGUUGGAAAUAAGAGUGACUUGAAAUACUUGAGGGCAGUUCCCACUGAGGAGGCAAAGUCCUUCGCGGCGGAAAACGAACUUUCGUUUAUCGAGACUUCGGCGCUGGACACCUCGAAUGUCGAGUCAGCUUUCCAUACCAUCCUUACGGGUUUUUUUCGUUCUAUCCAUCAAAAGGACCCCUCACUAAUCACAACAACUCGACACGAUCCAAUACGACAAUCUCUUCAAGGUCCGUUUUCCAACUCAUUCGAUGGUUUCUUCGGCGCUUGCAAGUUCCCCAUCAUAGAUGGUUCUAUAGCCUACAGAAAUCUUAUUUCGCGAUUCACUCGUGACGAGUUCAACCUGGAGUGUAAAACUACUAUUGGUGUUGAGUUCGAAUCCUGA